CGUGAGUGCAAGCCGGCUAGUAAAGUGUUGCUAGCAGUACUGCUGUCGGCGUGUUCAGGGGGUGCCGUGGGACAUCUGUGUGCAACUUUGUGCAAAGUCAGCGUUUGUCCGGAAAAAGAAACAGUAUCCUUCCCAGUUACAAAGGACUUGUCUCCUUCAGGAAAUAUGCGUGAGUGUAUCUCGGUGCACGUCGGCCAGGCAGGCGUUCAGAUUGGCAACGCCUGCUGGGAGCUUUACUGCCUGGAACAUGGAAUCCAGCCUGAUGGACAGAUGCCCAGUGACAAGACGAUUGGAGGUGGAGAUGAUUCCUUCAACACCUUCUUCAGCGAGACUGGAGCGGGAAAGCAUGUUCCUAGAGCUGUUUUUGUGGACCUGGAGCCCACAGUCAUUGACGAGGUGCGCACUGGAACAUAUCGACAGCUCUUCCACCCUGAGCAGCUGAUCACCGGCAAGGAGGACGCUGCCAACAACUACGCCCGUGGUCACUACACCAUCGGUAAAGAGAUCAUUGACCUGGUGCUGGACAGAAUCCGUAAACUGGCUGACCAGUGCACUGGCCUUCAGGGCUUCCUGGUGUUUCACAGCUUCGGCGGUGGCACUGGCUCCGGUUUCACCUCCCUGCUAAUGGAGCGCCUAUCUGUGGAUUACGGCAAGAAAUCCAAGCUGGAGUUCUCCAUCUACCCAGCUCCUCAAGUGUCCACGGCUGUCGUGGAGCCCUACAAUUCCAUCUUGACCACACACACCACCCUGGAGCACUCUGACUGCGCCUUCAUGGUUGACAAUGAGGCCAUUUACGAUAUCUGCCGCAGGAACCUUGACAUGGAGCGUCCUACUUACACCAACCUGAACAGGCUCAUCAGUCAAAUCACAUCCUCCAUCACCGCUUCCCUUCGUUUCGACGGCGCCCUCAAUGUGGAUCUGGCAGAGUUCCAGACCAACUUGGUCCCGUAUCCUCGUAUCCACUUCCCUCUCGCCACCUACGCCCCCAUCAUCUCUGCAGAAAAGGCCUACCAUGAGCAAUUAACUGUUGCGGAUAUCACCAACGCUUGUUUUGAGCCCGCCAACCAGAUGGUUAAGUGCGACCCUCGUCACGGCAAGUACAUGGCGUGUUGCCUCUUGUACCGCGGGGACGUGGUGCCAAAAGACGUCAAUGCCGCCAUUGCCACCAUCAAAACAAAGCGCACCAUCCAGUUUGUGGACUGGUGCCCCACCGGGUUCAAGGUGGGCAUCAACUACCAGCCGCCCACUGUGGUUCCUGGUGGAGACCUGGCCAAAGUGCAAAGAGCCGUGUGCAUGCUGAGCAACACCACCGCCGUUGCAGAGGCCUGGGCUCGACUCGACCACAAGUUCGACCUGAUGUACGCCAAGCGUGCGUUUGUUCACUGGUACGUGGGUGAGGGGAUGGAGGAGGGUGAGUUCUCUGAGGCCAGAGAGGACAUGGCAGCACUGGAGAAGGACUACGAGGAGGUUGGGGCCGACUCUGUUGAUGAUCAGGGAGAAGAGGGAGAGGAAUAUUAGGAGGUAGAAGACACUGGAUACUCAGGAGACAAUGAUUGCUAUGUGAUCCUGAAUGUGUUCACUCAGCAGUUUGACUGCUCAAACCGCAAAAUGAGUUUGAUCACUUGAAACAUCAAACAACAUCACUUCUUUUUUUUUUUUUUUUUUUAUCUUAGCCGUUCUGGCAAAUAUUCCUAUUUAUCCCAAUCCACUUCUGGAAACGUAUUUUUGUUUACCUUAUAAUAUAUAUUGUUACUUUAAAGCAAUAUUUUGAAGUUCAGUGUAUUUGUUGCUUCAAAAAGGAUUUAAGAGGUUCUGUGGCACUUGGUUUGUCGAUACAGGUAUACGAACAAUAAGAUGAGUCAUUUUUAAAUGAGAUAAAUUCAUGAAUAUAUGACAAACUUGAUGGAAUAAAGGUAAACCACACGACUUAUUCUGAAAUUUUUCUUUGCUGUCCUAACUAAAGAACUUUUUCACAGUGU